AUGGCUGGCAUGGAACUGUUGUCCGACCAGGGCUAUCGUUUAGAUGGGAGAAAACCAAAUGAGUUACGGAGAAUUCUUUUUAAAAAGGGUAUUUUCAAGCAGGCUGAUGGAUCGGCAUAUCUGGAACAGGGAAAUACUAAGGUUUUGGCUGCAGUGUAUGGACCUCAUGAGAUAAGAGGAAGCAAAAGUAGAGCCCGUCAUGAUAAAGUCCUGAUCAACUGUCAGUACAGCAUGGCAACAUUCAGCACACAAGAUCGCAAGAGGAGACCCAGAGGAGACAGAAAGUCCCUAGAGAUGACCACCCAUUUGAAACAGACAUUUGACGCUGUAAUUCUAACAGAGUUGUAUCCAAAGUCUCAGAUUGAUAUUUAUGUUGAGGUUCUUCAAUCUGAUGGUGGGAACUAUUGUGCCAGUGUGAAUGCAGCCACUCUUGCCCUGAUAGAUGCAGGAAUUCCAAUGAAGGAUUAUGUCAUUGCUUGCUCAGGCAGCUACAUCAAAGACACACCAGUUGUGGACAUCAAUAACCUGGAAGAGUCCAGUGGAGGAAAUGAGGUUAUCAUGGCAGUCUUGCCUAGAUGUGAACAGAUUGUGUUCUUGGAAAUGAACUCCAGACUACACGAGGAUCAUCUGUCCCCAGUCAUGGACCAAAUCAUGGCAGGCUGCAGGGAUAUCUUCGCUGUACUUAACCAGAAAGUUCAGGAAGAGCUUUGCCAGAAAGCAGCACUGGACAAAUUGGUUGAUUCUGGAUAG